AUGGCGCGGUGCGUGGACGCGUCGGAGCGCGCGUGCUGCGCGGACUGCAGCGACACGAGCAACGCGCUGCACGGCAUCACGGCGAAUCAGACCGUUGUGCUGCAGAUGCUCAAACCCGAGAUCGUCGCCAUCAUCGGCAACAAGGACGUGCAGCAAUGCGCGAUGUUCGUGGGGUUCGACGCGUGCAGCUACGACCUGGAGCAGCUCUACUGCGCCAUCACCUGCAACCCCGACGGCGGCACGUAUGUGAAGGCGUCGACAGCGACCACUGGCGUGCUGACGGUGUGCGAUGCGUACGCCACCCAGGUCUACGCCGACUGCGAAAACGUGCCCAUGAUGGGGCAGGCGAUGCUGGGCAGUCUGUUGAGCAACAAGGAGAUUUUCAUCAAGCUCGUCUUCGGCAUGCUCUUUGCCCGCUUCAGCGGCAUCAACGUCACCGUCAACGUCGCCCAGGGGACAUCGUCGUGUUACAACGGGCCCACCAAUCCGCUACCUCCGAAGCCAGUGUGCUGCGAUCCCUUCACCAACACCCCCGGCUGUUCCUUCAAGGACGAUUCUCUCUUGGCCCCCUAUGUUGGUCGCCCCAUCAACCCCAACGCGUGUGCCGCAUACAUGAAUGGCACGGGUGCCGGCACGGCAGCAAAUGGUGCUUCCACCGAAGUCCACGUGGCAUGCCCCUCGCACCACGUCAGCACCGUUACCACCUUCGCCUUCCGCCUGCCCCCUGAGUUGGCCGCGGGAUGGGCGCUACGCGGGGAGGAGGCGAGGAAUGCGGAGAGGCGGGAGGGGUCGGAAGUCGAAGAACGGAGUGGCGCGGCGGAAAGCAGUGAGGGGAUAGCAGGGGAGCGGGAGGGGCCUGGCGGGGCGGAAGGAGCGCGAGUGGCGGUGGAUGCGGACGGCGAUCUGCUGGUGGCGCGGCGCAAGAGGCGGCGAACAGUUGGCCGUGCCGCGCAGGCGCCAGCAACAGCGGUGCCACGUUGCAGAGCAGUGCAGGCGGGUUCAGGGGAGGAUGAAAGCGAAGACGGGGAGGAGGGCGGUGAGAGGGGGGAAGGGGAGGGGGGCGUAGAGGAUGUGGAAGGAGGGGGAGUGGAAGGAGGGGGGGAAGAAGGAGAGGGAGAAAAAGGAGGGGAAGAAGGCGGGGGAGGGGGAGGCUGGGUGAGGGUGGUGAUCCGGCACAGCAUGAAGACCACCAUCGCCCGUGUGGGCAUGCAGGUGUGGCGCGCAGCACUACUGCUGGCGGACGUGAUGGUGGCGAACCACCGCGUGCUGGGGGGCGACACUCUCACCCCCGCCUUCCCUCCCCCCCAUCCCCCACUCGCCCCCUGCCAGGUGUGGCGCGCAUCACUGCUGCUGGCGGACGUCAUGGUGGCCAAUCACCGCCUGCUGGGGGGCGCCACUGUGCUCGAGCUGGGGGCUGGCGCAGGUGGGGCAGGGCGCAGGUGGGGCAGGGCGCAGGUGGGGCAGGGGGGAGCCAUGGCGCUUUGUGCAUGUAUGGCUGGCGGGCAUCACAGCGGCACACUUCGCCAGCCGUGUCAUCCUCACAGGUACCACCUUCCCUCUCUCCACUCCCCUUCUCCGUCUCCCCCCUGCCUCGCCUCUUCGCCGUCUCCCCUCCUGUCAUAUCUCCCCCGCCCUCACACGUGUCGUGUCCGCUGUCGUCAAGCUCUCUGCUUCCUGCCCUGCAUCCGCCCGCCCACACCGCCAUCACCUUGCGGCCCUCCAGAUGCAGGGGAUGCUGUGCUCAGGAACUGUGCUGCCAACGCUGCUGAGCCUGCCAACACAGCCAGUGCUUGCAAUGCUUUCAGUGCCCCCACGGGUCGCUCCCAGCACCACCGCAUUCACGUGCCAGCAGCGGUGGUUCGCCACCUUGACUGGCGCCACGGCUGGCCCCCUCCCGUGGUAACCAGCGCCUCUGGGCUCCACCAAUCAGCGGCCAGGUCUGGCAGCAGCAGCGCACCAGGGAGGGUAGCAGGCAGGGAAGGAGGUGAGGAGACUGAGAGGGAUGGAGCAGCAGACCCAUUAGGAGGAGCAGAUUCGUUUGGGUGGACGGAGGAGGAUGUGAGUGACGCCAGCAAUGCCACGGUGCUGCUGGCUGCUGACGUCAUCUACAGUGAUGACAUCACGUGUGCCUUCUUCACCACCCUUCGCUCCCUCCUGUGCUGCGGCCCUCCCAAGCUGCUGCUGUUGGCGCUGGAGAAGCGCUUCAACUUCUCCCUCUCCCACCUGGCCCCCGUUGCCAAUGGCUACACCGCCUUCCGCUCCCACUUCACUGCCCAAAACGGUGCUCCCAGCUGCUACAGUGGCGCCCACUGUAGCAGCGGGCAGCAGGCAGCACCGCCAGGAGAGCCUAGCUGCAGGCGGGAUGAGGACGAGGAUGGUGGGCAGCAAACAGGGACAGGGGUGGAUGGGCGGCAGACAGGGGUGGAUGGGCGGCAGACAGGGGUGGAUGGGCGGCAGACAGGGGUGGAUGGGCGGCAGACAGGGGUGGAUGGGCGGCAGACAGGGGUGGAUGGGCGGCAGACAGGGGUGGAUGGGCGGCAGAGAGGGGUGGAUGGGCGGCAGACAGGGGUGGAUGGGCGGCAGAGAGGGGUGGAUGGGCGGCAGACAGGGGUGGAUGGGCGGCAGAGAGAGGGGGGUGGAGACAGGGAUGGGGAUGAUGGGAACAGGGAGGGGGAAGAGGGGGAGGAGCUGUUGGGGUGGAGCAUGGACGUGGGGCAGGUACCGCAGCACGUGGUGGGGUGGGAGAGGGGCAGCGACUUGGAGCUCUGGAUCAUUGGCUCCCAGUUGGAGCUCUGGAUCAUUGGCUCCCAGCGGUCCCUGCCGCUGGUGUGUGCUUGGAUGAAGAGGGGCGUUGGGCUGUUCCCCUGCGAGGGGGGAGGGGAGGAGCUGUGCUCCCCUGCUUUUGAAGCCUUACAGGCAAAUGCCUGGGUCACGUAA